ACUCACUUUUUCACUGCUGAUACAGUAAAACGACUUCCACAGUUCCCCGUCCCCACUUCUAGUAACUUUAGGUUGUUUUUCAGUGUCCAUUUUGGAGGAGACUUAAUAAAUAUUUUCAUCAGAGCAAAGAAUAUUCUAGUUUGUGAUUUAAUCAAAGAUUGUUUGGUGUGUCAAUAUUAUGGGCAUUUUUAAGAGAGGUAGUGACCAAUGGAGGAUAAGCAGUUCUUGAUGGGCAAGUAAAAAUAUGAAGCAGACCCAGUUUAGUCAUUGUGAUUUAUUCUGACUAAUUAUGAAUUGCCAUCAGCUAGGCAAAAUGCAUAAAUUAUCAAGUUUCCAGAUCCAUAGCCAGGUGUGUCUGUUGCAAAAAAAAUUUAAAAAAAGGAAAAAGGAAAAAAAAAGCCAAAUACUUUUAUAAACACCAUCAUAAAAGUAUUGCUUUUUCCUUUUUUUUUUUUGCAUCAAUAAAUGUUAUCCAAAGAGCACAUUUGCCUUCCCUUUAAACAUUUUUGUUGUUGUUUAAAGAUGGAAGAUUGUAAGGAUGUAUAUUAGAAGAAAAUGAAGUACAGACAGGAGAAUCAGUGAUAAUUAUAAUUGUUUAUGGAUAAUUUAUGCAUAGGAGUUUAUUAAGAUGAUAGUAUCAUCACCAAGAACUAAUCACACUGUUACACUGAACAGUUAAGAAUACAGAGAGCUGGAGAAUUGACUGUCUGUCCUGCAAACUGUACUGUAAAUGGUCAUGAGGGGUCCAAAUUAGCCAGUGUGGCAAUUUCAUUUGUCAGAAUGAUUAUGACAGACACGCUAGCAGGGCAGUACAUCUCUACAGAGAUUACUUGUGCUGUUCGCCUGAAGGCCAGCCUCUCAGUUUCUGGCAGCCUCUGAAAGGCCAUGGCUGUAAGAGAGCCGAGGGGCAUGCUGGUCUCCCAGGGCCAUGUGCCUUUCCUGAGUCCCAGUGUGAGGGGAAAGGUCAAGGCAGGACCCUCGGCUUUACACAUCCAGAGUGUCUUUGGGGUCUUCCUGGCAGAGCUGCUAGAUGCCUUCAAGGAAUAUGACACAGAUCAGGACGGCUACCUCAGCUGCAAAGACCUGGGAGAGUGCAUGCGGACCAUGGGCUACAUGCCUACAGAGAUGGAGCUGAUUGAGAUCUCCCAGCACAUCAAAAUGCGCAUGGGAGGACGUGUAGAUUUUGAGGACUUUGUAGAGUUGAUGAGCCCAAAACUGCGUGAAGAAACAGCUCAUAUGGUGGGCGUGAGGGAGCUGAAGAUCGCCUUCCGUGAGUUUGAUACAGAUGGAGAUGGAGCUAUCAGCAGUUUAGAGCUGCGCCAGGCUGUGACUGCCCUCUUAGGUGAACAACUCAAUGCCCAGGAGAUGGACGAGAUCCUGCAGGAUGUAGAUCUCAAUGGGGAUGGAAAAGUGGACUUUGAUGAAUUUGUGAUGAUGCUGUCCUCCAGGUAACAAGAGCCAGAGGAGGAGAAUGGAAAUGUCUUUUUGUUUCCAGUAUUACCUUGCACAGUAAUAGGAAGGAAUUGCUUUCUGCUGCCAGCUUUUUUUACUUCCUGGAGAUAGGAGCAUCACUACAGAAGGUGCAACUCUCUUCCCCCAAGUCUGGAUCCAAACUGGCAAAGUAUUUCAGGGAGCAGACGCCAAUUGCAUCUGCAGGGAGGUUUUGUGCUUUGAGGCAAAUUGGCUGGGCCAAGCCUAGAGAACUCACCUGGCCCCAUUCUUGUGGUAGGGACAGAAAGCACUUAAGUGUCCAUACCUGUGUGGCUAGGCCUGGCAAAUUCUGUCAGGCAUGGAGCCAUACCCAGGUGAACUUUGACUUCCUCUGUCAUUUUUUGCCCCAUCAGCUCAGAAUUCUUGGAGAUUUAAAAUAAACUGUUUGAAUUUAAUAGUGCAUUCAUCCAGAUAUAUUCUCUUGAACUGGAUGGUGACAUUUCUAAUAUCUUGGGAGCAAAAUGAAUAAAUGAGUGCCAAGCCUCUUCCCAGAUAUUUUAAAUAAAGGGGAAGGGACUCCUGGAUCUCAUCCAUUAAGACCCCUCACUGGAAACUAUAAGGAUGUGUGUCCUGUUUCAGUACACUGGUUAAACAAAGAUCAGAUUAGCUCUGAAUGAGCAAACAAAGCUAUCAAAAUUCUAAAGGGCAAUCCCUGAAAUGCUUCCCAGGAAUUACAUUAAUUCGAUGUCAACUUGGCGCUUGGAAAAAAGUUAAAGAUCACUAUAUGCAACCAUAAAUGUAUUUAUUUCCUUUUGACAGCUGCAUAAAUAUUAGGUAUGUGUACAGUUCAUGCAUGUGCAAAAGCA